AUGAACCAAAGGGUGAUGGACAGGGAGCAGUGUACAUACAAGAAUGACCUCAUUCUUGAGAAUUCCGUGAAUUGUCUCGGCACGUAUAGGUGCGAGGUCAAAUCAUUGUGUCAUAACAACGUUACCAUAGAUACCACGGUCGGGUCCGUGACUGUGCAAGCGGCCAGUAAUGUACGAGUUGCCGUGACGACCAUGGGAUCGCAGGAAGUUGGUGAAUCUUUCUCUCUAAACUGUACUGUUAAUAAGAUAAAUAAUGUCUCACUUGGGAUAAGAUGGAUGAAGGACAAUGUGACUAUAGUCGCUGAUAGUAGUAAAGGAGUGACGUUUGGUGCUAUUGAAGAGGACGCUAGUUCUGUUAGUAAGGCGCUUACCCUGGGUCCUAUCAGACUAUCCCACACUGGCCAGUACUCCUGUGAUGCUAUCAAUGGUAGUGAUGUGGAUGGUAGAGCUACCAUUAGGGUUGAUAUUGAUGCUCCCUACCUGUCCCUCUCCCUAGACCCCAGUCCUGAUCUAUCCCUCACACUGGGAGAAGAGUACACCCUAAUGUGUGCUGCACUAUUACCAGACACACUUAGUCCAACUGUUGCUUCCAUAACCUGGUACAAGGACACUGUUCCUUUCACUAGUAAUGGUAUCACUACUAAUCUAGCUGGAGGUACUUCUAAUCUUAAUCUUGGUAUGGUUCUCUCUGAAGAGGCUGGUAAUUAUACUUGUGUGGCUAACGUUUCGUCUCCUUAUAUUGAUACUGGGUAUAAUCUCAUUGUGUCUAAUACCACACUAAUCACUGUGUCAA